UUCGGGUGGUCACAUUUGUUUAAUUUUUCUGUGCUAAAAUCAAUUUUCUGACGGUGAUUGUUCUUUCCCGAAAACUCCCAGUCGUCCUCCCGUCAACAAUAUGGGUAAGAAAAAGUUUAUCGACAAGAAGAAGGCGGUAACGUUCCGAUUGGUGAACCGUAGCCAGCAGGAUCCGUUGUUUGUGGAUGAAAACGCUCCCCAGCAUGUGUUGGUCCCGGUAUCCCUUCCAGGCCAUGAAAAUGACUCCCGACCGUUUGAUGUGGCUUCAAGAGCAUCUGGUUCUUCAGCAAAGGUUGAUACCGACAAGCGUCGUAAGGAGCAGGCAAAGUUUGGAAUAUACUUCGACGAUGAUUACGAUUAUCUGCAACAUCUGCGCGAACCUGGACGAAACGAGGUGUACUGGGAACCGGUUCAACCUGCCAAAACUGCCGGAGCGGAAAAGGUCAGCAUUCAGUUGCCCAGUUCGGUGUUUGCCUCCGAAGUUGAAGAGGAAGAAGGUCUUAUGAAAAAGAAGGCACAACAAAGACCGGGACCACGCCCCGACUGGGAUCCAGAUGUUGUUGCUGCAUUGGAUGAAGAUUUUAAUCAUGAAGAUCCGGAGAAUCUGCUGGAGGAUAAUUUUAUGGAACUGGCAAUGGGCGGAGGCGAGGCCGAUGGUGAAGAAAAUUUGUUCAACGAGGAAGAUGAAGACGAGUAUAGUGAUGUCGACUCGGACGGGGCUGCAAUGUCCGACGAUGAAGAACGAGAUGGUUUAGGGCCUUUGCGAUUUGACAGAGAGGAAACCAAAUCUCGUUUUACGGAGUACUCGAUGAGUAGCAGUGUGAUUCGGAGAAAUGAGCAACUGUCUUUGCUGGACGAUAGGUUCGAAAAGUUUUAUGAACAGUAUGACGAUCCUGAAUUGGGGGCUUUGGACUGCGAGGAUAUUGAGGGACACGUUGAGAUCAACGAUGGAGUAUUGCUUCAGUAUGCUGAAGAGUAUCGGAAAGAGCGAGAUGAGAAAUACGACAUUGCUUAUGACAAACAAUGGGACAAACAAAGGAUACUGAAACUCCAGGAAGUGUCAUCCGACGAAGAGGAAAUGGUCGAACUAGAAGUCGAAGACGAAACCCAGAAAAAAUGGGAUUGUGAGAGCAUACUUUCCACGUACAGCAACAUUUACAAUCAUCCAAAACUAAUUGAAGAACCAACAAAACGAAAAGCCGCCAAAAUUGCGAUUAAUCCCAAAACUGGUUUGCCAAUGAAUGUUCUAGGAGCAGACAGUGGAAAGUUAACCUCCAAAUCAUUGGCAAAGCUUGAACAGCAAGAAAGCAGUUCCCGUGUAAUUGGUGGUCCCAAAUCGCUUUGUGACGGUAGCGUAAUUUCUACCUUGAGUGUGCUUUCGAUCCGACCGAAGGACGAAACUCCAGAGGAAAGGCAUGAGCGGAAAAAAUUGUUGAAACUUUACCGCAGCGGACGACGGGAAGAGCGAAAGGCAAACACUCUUGCUUUCAAGCAGGAAAAGAAGCAACAGGAACAGAGCCAGAUGAACACGCGUGCAAAUGCGGGAAUCAAGAUCGUGUAGAGAGCGGUAGAGUUUGUUGCAAUAUUUUAUUCCUCCACAUGUAAAAUAAAUACUAUACUACAUAU